AUGUAUUAUUUCAUCAUUGUGGGUGGUGAAACUACUGGUUUGAUCCUUGCAGACCGGUUGAGUGAGUCCGGUGAGAAGAAGGUACUGGUAUUGGAAGCUGCACCAGAUCCGAACGUUGUGGCCAUGCAUCAAGCCACUGUUGCCGUUGAAUAUAUCGCUGGUCAGUCAAAACCCAAGUGCAGCAUCGACUGGAACUUCUAUACGGAGCCCCAAGAAGGUCUCGAUGACCGUAAGCUUGCAUAUCAUCGUGGACGUGGUCUUGGUGGAAGCAGUAUUCUAAACGGUUUCUACUACAGAUGUGGGUCAGCCAAUGUCGAUGAUCACUGGGUUGAGCUUAGGGAACCCAGGUUGGAGCUGGAAGAAGUGUAUCCAUCAUUCAUCAAGAGUAAUCGCUUCAAUGCUCUCAAUAAUGGAACUGGGGCUUGUCCCGCCAUCGAGCAUUGCUUUCUCGAUGCUUAUGCGGCAAUUGACAUCCCAAUAGUCCGAGAUCUCAACAACGGGAGGAAUCUUGGCGUUAAACAAGGCACUGCCACUCUUACCUCAAAGUAUCGACGUAGUUCAGCGUACGACUAUUACAAUGCUGCCGCCAAACGGCCCAAUGUCGACAUUUUUCAUAACGCCCCUGUUCAGCAGAUCAUGUUCUCGAGGAGUGCAACUGGAGUCCUCGUUGCGACUGGUGGUAUCGGUCCACAAGCCACGCUUGAUGCUUUCAAUAUCGAGCCUGUUGUGAUCAAUGAAAACGCAGGACAGCACAUGAUGGACCAUAACCUAUACAGCAUCUCAGCCACAGUAGUCCCCGAAUCUUCGGCCCACCAGCUCAUGUUUAACUCAACGGCCGUGGAAGCCUCGCAAGAGGAAUAUUACACUACUGGCAAAGGAGUCUACACGGCUCCCGGAGGCAUUACCAAAGCCGUCAUCGAUGCUGGACUUACCAACCGAUCCACGGUAGAACUUUUGUUUGAGUCCUUCUUCUAUCCUAAUAGCCCAGGUCCCACCUACGAACCAUCAUCGGACCAGUCAUAUAUAUCCAUCUCGGUAUCGAGCAUGGCGACUCUAUCCAAGGACAAAAUCACCAUCCAGUCGAGCGGCAUGUCCGAUACUCCAAUCAUCAACCCUAACAUAUGUUAUCGUGAUUAUAGCUCUCAUUAUUCGCUCCAUACUAACUCUUUUCAGUACUACACUCACCCUGCUGAUCGCGCUAUCGCCUUCAACGCGUUCCGCGACGCACGGAAGAUCCUCGACCAUUGUGCUUUUGCAAACCUAACCGUUGGGCCGAAUCACAGAGAGGCUGCGCCUGGUGUUAUCAACAUUGAUUCUGAUGACGACGAGGCCAUCUUUGACUACAUCAAGGCUACAACUGUUCCCAAUUUGCACGCCUCUGGAACUAAUCGCAUGCUUCCACUUGAGGACGGCGGUGUUGUCGACUCUCGGAUUCACGUCUAUGGAGUGCAGGGCUUUAGAAACAUUGACAGUAACAUCAUGCCUACAGGGCCAGACGUUAACAUCGCUGGCCCAGUGUACAUGGUGGGAGAACAUGGAGCAACUAUGAUUAAGAAGGACUGGGGUAUCUGA